AUGUCAGCUGAUCAUACUAGAGAUCCAUGUCCAAUAGUGAUUUUAAAUGAUUUUGGUGGUGCUUUUGCCAUGGGAGUCAUUGGUGGUUGUGUAUGGCAUGGUAUAAAAGGUUUUAGAAAUUCUCCAUAUGGUGAAAGAAGUUAUGGUGCAUUAUCAGCCAUUAAAGCUAGAGCACCAGUUGUUGGAGGCAAUUUUGGGGUUUGGGGUGGUUUAUUUUCAACAUUUGAUUGUACAGUUAAAGCUAUACGUAAAAGAGAAGAUGCUUGGAAUGCCGUUAUAGCUGGGUUUUUCACAGGUGGAGCUUUAGCUAUUAGAGGGGGUUGGAAACAUACAAGAAAUUCUGCUAUUACUUGUGCUUGUUUAUUAGGAGUUUUCGAAGGGGUUGGUAUGAUGAUGCAAAGAUUACAAGCACAACCUACUAUGGCUCCAGUUUAUCCAGAAGAACCUACCGCCCUUGCUGCUUAA